AAAAGAAAAGAAUAGAAAAAACGGAUUAGGAGAGAAAAAAAAAAAAAAGAAAAGCUUUGAGAGAAAUGUUAGAACCUUUUUUCUGAUUUUUUUUUCCUUUGAUUUUGAUUUUUUUUUCUGUUGUAGUUUGUUGUUUUUUGCUCUCUAUUUUCGAAACGAGAUUGGAGCUCUGACUAUUGUGGUUUUUGAAUUUUUUUUUGGAUUGUUUUUUCCAAGUUGCUGCAUCGCGCUUGCAAAUGGAGGUUUGGUUCCUGUCAGUGAAGCUCUGAAGGUCUGCUGAUGUCUCCAUGUAAAGUAAUCUUGUGAAGAGUUUCUCAUGUAUGCAUGUCUAAUCAGAUUUCGUCCGCAGUUUCUGUAAGGAUGGAACAGGUUGUCGUUCCAUUUCUUUAAAUUUGCUAUGAAAUUUUUGUUUUUGAGAUUUUCAUUUCUGUCGGGGGGCUGGAGUUUGGAGAAAUUGAUAGUUCAAGUGCUUGGGAUGUGGAGAAUCCAUGAUUCACUUGGGGAGGAUAUCAUGUUCGUGUGUUAAUUCCUCACAAUGUUUUUGCAGUGUGGUUGAUAUAGGCUGGUCCGAUGAACAAUAAUGUUGGGAAAGGGAAAAAAGGUUUGGCAGAACAAAAUCAUAUGUUUUUUGACAAAAAGAGUCUCGAAAAUGGAGUAGUUAAUGGAGGGGUAGCCUCUGGAUCAUCAACUGAAGAUGACACAAGAUUUAAUAAGGUGGUUGAAGAUGGAAACAAUGGAUUGAGGGGUCUGAUUCAAAUCCAUGGGAGCUUGCAGAUUUCACAACAACCACCUCAAGAGCCAGCCGUAUGCUGGGAGAGAUUUCUCCCAUUAAGAUCGAUAAAAGUUUUGCUGGUGGAAGAUGAUGAUUCGACACGCCAUGUUGUGCGUGCUCUGUUACAGAAUUGUAGUUACAAAGUCACUGCCGUUUCCAAUGGCCUUCAAGCGUGGAAAGUCCUGGAAGAUCCAGAAAAUGGCAUUGAUCUUGUCCUAACAGAGGUAGCUAUGCCUAUUUUGUCUGGAAUAGGUCUUUUGUGCAAGAUCAUGAGCCACAAAACUCUGAAGAAUAUUCCUGUGAUUAUGAUGUCAUCUCAUGAUUCUAUGGGUAUAGUCUUUAAGUGUUUGUCAAAAGGUGCAGUUGAUUUUUUAGUGAAACCUAUUCGGAGGAAUGAACUUAAAAACCUCUGGCAGCACGUUUGGAGAAGAUGCCACAGUUCUAGUGGUAGUGGGAGUGAAAGUGCGACCCUCACCAGAAAAUUUGCAAAGUCAAGAAGUAAUGAUGCAUAUGAAAACAAUAGUGACAGCAGUGAUGAGAAUGACUAUGGAAGCAGAGGCUUGAGCAUUCGUGAUGGAAGUGACAAUGGAAGUGGCACUCAGAGUUCAUGGACUAAAUGUCUAGCUCAAGUUGGCAGUCCUCAUCCAGUUUCACCUCAUAAACAGUUGGUUGAUGCCCCUGAUAGCACAUGUGCCCAAGUGAUGCAAACAAAGACUGAAAAAGUUAGUGGUAGAUGGGUGCAUGCGACGGAAAAAGAGUGCCAUGAACUUAUUGAUCUUGAUGAUGUUGCAAGGGUUAAGGACUUGGCUAUGGGAAUAUCUUUGAAUAUGCAACUAGAGCAUCCACUCGAGGAACUGUCUAGCAAUCCAAUUGUGGGUAAAGGGGCAAAUAAGAUGUCUGAUGUAGAUGAUAUGCAGAUCAUUAAGAGAAAGAGCAAUGUCUGUGAAAAAGGACAAUUGGAAUACAAUGGUGAUAAAACCGGGACACAGGAAAAUCAGGCUAUGAAUGUUAUUGAUGUUACUGAUAGCAACAGUCCACAGGCUGAAAGCAGAGACUUGAACACUCCAAAUGGGUUUUCUGGUUUUUCACAAUCAAAAGCAAACUGUUGCCCCAAAGAGCAUCCAUCCCUUGAACUAACUCUGAAAAGGCUGGGAGAAGUAGGAGAUGCUAAAAAUGUCACUGGUGAAGAAUGCAAUGUCUUGAGACAUUCAGAUCAGUCAGCAUUCUCAAAAUAUAAUACUGUUUCUGCUAACCAGGCUCAAACUGGAAAUGUAGGAAGCUGUUCCCCACUAGACAAUAGCUCAGCUGCACCAAAUACAGAGACAAUGCACAACUUUCCAUCUCAUUCAAAUGGCACUCCUUCAAAUCAAAAAUCUAAUGGGAGCAACAACAUCAAUGACAGGGCCUCCACUAAUACAUAUCUUGGCACCAAACCUGAUACUUUUGACAAGAAGCCGGAGUCUGGAAGAGGGAUUGGCUCGUAUAAUUCUUGUGAACUCCUAACUGUGCAGAACAAUAGCAUUUCUUCAUCUCAGAAGAAAACUUCUGCCUGGGAAGAAUAUACAGAAAUCAUUAAAGAAUCAGUAGGAGGCUCUGAACAAGGAUUCCAAGUCGAGCACACUUACUAUCAGCUUCACCAUUAUAAUCACAUUGCCCAUAAAGCUGCAGUAGAUCCCCAAUCAGAUCAUGAUCUCUUACUGAAAAGCUCAACUCCGCAAUGUGUAUCAUCAAAUGCAUUUGGAGGGCCAGCAGAAAGUAAUGCUGCAAACUAUAGUGUGGAUGGAAAUGCAGUGGAGAGUGAUCAUGGGAGCAAUAAUGGACAGGAUGGAAGCAACAACUUGACAAUCAGAACGAUAAAUGUGGAAAACGGAAAUGUGGCUGCUGGGAGCAUUGGAAUUGGUGGCAUUGAUAGGAAAAGCAUUGGGAACGGGACAGAUGAAGUACGGCUUGCAUUGAGAGAGGCUGCCUUGACCAAAUUUCGCCUAAAGAGAAAAGAAAGAUGCUUUGAGAAGAGGGUUCGAUAUCACAGCAGGAAAAAACUAGCAGAACAGCGACCACGUAUUAAGGGACAAUUUGUCAGACGAAUAGUGUCUGAAGGCAAAGAAGAAAAAGAUAAACAAAGUGACAACCUGGUGCCUGGGGACAAUUCUAUCGACAUUCCUCAAUAACACCAGCCAAAAUGGUGAUCAUUAUUUGACUGAUUCCGUUCCAUUAACUGCCUCUAGCUUCUUGCUAUCGGACUAGCUUCUUCACACGUUCACCUAGGAAGUAGCUUGGAGGUUUGUGUUAGAGGAAUCUGUGAUUAGGUAGUUUAAAUUUAUCUCUAUUGUGUGAAAAUCAGACAUUUAAUUUGAAAUUUCUAGACAAUGUUCUAGAUUCUGUUUAUGUUUGUCUGAACUUUAAAACUCCAAAUGGACCCAUAGAAGUGGUUACCUUUGGAUAUGUUAACCUCUGAUGAAAUAAAAUUUAUCAUGUUAGCUUUCA